AUGUUAGAACCAAUCUCCUGUGUGGUUGGAGGGAAGGUUUUUAUAAUUUCUGCUAACCUGCUUGAGAAAUGUCAAGGUACCCGACUCGCUGCCUUGUUGGAGUGUACUGACCGGAGCGCUGAUUCGGCUGGAGAUAACGCGACUCAACUUUCCGAAAGAAAUAGUGAACUUUUUCAUUUAAUCUUGGAAUUUCUAGAAUUGGGUGUGCUGUCGCUUUCGCCGACAUACAAAGAUUUGGAGAAACUGGAAGAUGAGGCUGUUUAUUAUGGUAUACAUGCAUUAGUGGAAGCGGUUCGACAAAGAAAAGAGGAAUUGGAAACGGAAGCACUUGCUGCCACCUCUUACGUACCACCCUAUGAUACGCGACUGAAGUGCGUUGAGUACGUGUCGUUUUCGUCUUACUAA